AUGAUGCUAACUGGCUCCAUCCCUCUGACGUCCGACAUCAAGGAGUCUGUGACAACAGACGAGGAUGAUCCCAAGGCGCCAUACGCUAUGCCGACUCUAGUGGUAACCUCUAUCUUCCAUACCGCAUGUGCUUUCUACGCGUACACCUGUAUUGCGGCAAUUGGGUUAUGGUGCAUGCUCUUUGCUAGCAGCAACGGCAGGAUAAGCCGCCGUACGGGUGCAGACAAGAGGAUGACAGGGUUCCCUUUCAAGAAUUCGGAAGCAGCUAAGAAACAUCGGAAGGGUCUCAUGGACUCUGAACUGCGACUUUCAUCGCCCCGUUUGGGACCAUCUAUGCCGAUAAACGACCAGUCCAACGUACAUUUGGGCCAAUUUGACCCAGAAUUGCAGCCCUUCGGGCCAUUCCGCCCUCCGACCGGAGCUGAAUCACAGCUCCAGAACGCGACGCAUGCGUUUAUGCGUCCUCCACAAUCAGGCGAGGCAGCGAAAAAAUUCAUCGCCUCUUCAUCCACACAACAACACCAAUCGCACCAAGGUCACCCUAGCAAUGGAGUUGCCUCGCCCUUACAACCGCAAGGACAAUCCUCUGGUGGUUUGCGUCAAUCGCAGAACUACAACACCGCCGUUGCUCAUGCAGCAAAGGUGGGCGGGGCAUUGCAUGGCGCUGCUGGUGGAAAAAUGGCGCCUCCAGCGUCGCUGUCCCAAAUCGAGCUAGUGAUGGAAAACAACGCCCGUCAAGCUCAGAGUAACAGCUUAACAACGCUGCUGUCGCCGAGUCAAGCGUUUCAACCAGAAUUUAUCGGCCUAGAUUCUAGCUCCACAGAUCCAGUGUCCUUCACUGGGCCUGGAGAACUGCAGGGCUUCAAAGCGGUCCCGAACCCUCCGCACCUGGAUUAUUGGAGAGAUAGGUUGUUCAAUGUUGAUGAAAUGAUCACCCUGAGCGAAGAGGAAUUUCAAACCUAUUUCCCUCACGUUGACAACGUGUACUCUCAUCGCUCAACCCAGCGAUACAAGCGUAAACCUUUCGUCUCUCAUUACUGGGAUUGUCGACUAAAAGGACGACCGCCGGGAACCCCCAAGUCCGAUGACCCAGAAAAAAAAAAGCGCAAGCGUACGGCCAGAGAACGGGAUCUCUGCCAUGUCAAAAUCAAGGUCGUGGAAUACUUCCCAGUGUCGGAAAUAUCAGACACGACCCAUACAAUCGAGCCCAUUCCAUCUAACAUCCUACCCGGUAUGUAUACUUUCUCUCUUAACGAUGACCCUGCGAUCCGAAAUGCCCAAACAUUUGGUGUGCUCACGCCGAACCCUGGCAUACCACCAAAUCAUCCGGGAUCGAAUGGUGGGAGAUAUUUCACCAUACAGCGGGUGAAUGGCAAUGGUGCCAACGGGAAGAAUGACGGCGUGAGUGGCGGUCAUCAACACACGCUUGAAGAGAGCGAUCGUGUCAAGAAGAGUAGUGUGCAGCGACAUGUUCUGAAAGAAAAGAAAGACAAGAAGACGAGAGCGGAUCGAGUCAUGUCUCAAACAGGCCAAAAGUCAUACCAUACAAAAGCGACGGGUCUGGCCGCUGAAACUGCGAUCAAGCACUCCGCCGAUGUUAAUCUCAAGCUAUAUGGAAGCUGUUUCUGUCCCUUCGUGCAACGGGUAUGGAUUGCAUUAGAACUGAAAGGUAUUCCGUACCAAUACAUCGAAGUGGAUCCAUACGAGAAGCCCCAGUCGCUGUUAGAGGUGAAUCCAAGGGGGCUUGUUCCUGCUCUGCGGCACGACGACUGGGGGUGCUAUGAAAGCAACGUGUUGUUGGAAUAUGUAAGAAACGCGAGUGGCCAAUUCCCCAUUUCCAUCACUCUGACGAAUCCCUCGCAGCUGGAGGAUCUGGGCGCAGGAGCUGCAAUGCUCCCAGGAGACCCAAAGCUACGCGCCCAUUGCCGUCUGUGGGCAGAACAUGUCAAUCGGCAUAUCGUGCCGAGUUUCUACCGUAUACUGCAAGAGCAGGAUCAACAGAAACAGAUCGAGAAGACACAGGAGCUGCGAGAUGCGAUGGAGAAGCUGCUGGAGGUGGCGCAUCCCAAAGGGCCCUUCUUCAUGGGCCCGCAGAUGUCCCUUGUGGACGUUCAAGCUGCACCGUGGAUUAUUCGGCUGCGGCGAGUCCUGAAACCAUACAGAGGAUGGCCAGAUGCCGAGGAGGGAAGCAGGCUUGCCAUUUGGAUGAAUGCAAUCGAGGCCAGCCAGCAUGUGCAGGCGACAACUAGCACGGAUGAGCUGUACCACGACAGCUAUGAGCGAUAUGCCCAAAACCGCCCAAACACAUCUCAGGUCGCAAGUGCAAUAAAAGCAGGACGAGGCCUCCCUUAA